GCUCGGGCGCGGCCACCGCUUCCGCCGAGGGCGGUGCGGCGCGUGCGCGGCCGGGCGCGGGCGCCGGCCGGUGGGUGCCAUGGUCUUCCUCGGCGCGCCGCUGUGGCUGCGGAGCCGCCUCACUGACCGCUACUGGCGGGUCCGGGAGGUGCUGCAGCACGCGCGGCACUUUCGGGGAAGGAAGAAUCGGUGCUACCGGCUGGCGGUCAGAGCGGUGACCAGAGCGUUUGUGAAAUGCACGAAAGCGCGAGGACUGAAGAAGCGGAACAUGAGGACACUUUGGAUUAAUCGAAUUACAGCUGCCUCCCAGGAACAUGGCCUGAAGUACCCAGCAUUCAUUGUCAAUUUAAUUAAGGUACGGUUGAGGACGUGGUCUGUUGAGAUCUACAGAAAGUGGCCCAACUGGUGUGGUCCAGUACAAUGGGCAGCAGAGUGUCAGCCCCCUGCCGAGUUCUCAAGUUGGAGUUUUGGCAAGUUUAGGGACUCCUCACGAUGGCUUCGUCUCUGCCUGGCUGGUAGCAGAACUGGCAGUAGGGCAAGUGGUACCAGGACAUGAGCCCUCAUGUUUCCCCAUCAAGAGAAGCAGCAGAAAGCUUGGCUUUACUUUAAAGUGUAACUUCAGAGUUUUACACUGAGAGAUUUCCGAUGAGGAAGCAGAUGAAUCUGAAACUCCUGGUGUGAAACAGUAGGGUGGUGGUCUUGGGCAGGAGAGAUUAAACAUGUGUCACAAAAUCUUGGUAAUUGUUGAAUGUAGUGAUUAUGCUAAUCCCUCUCCUUUUGUUUGCAUUCGAUUUUUUUUUUUUAAGGGGAUUGGGUGUUGUGCGUCUAGCGUGUAGCACGCCCUGCCUUUGGUACUUUGCAAGGAUCCUCAUGCGUGACAUCCCCAUUUUACUGACAAGGAGCUAAGGCUCAGGACGGACUGUGCCCAAGGCACAUAAGGCCCAGGUAGCGGAGGAGCCACCCCUGCAUAGUUGGGUUGAUCCGCAGGAUUAUCCUUUCUUUUGCUCUUCAAGUUCGUCAGUUUUCAGAAGUCACCUGCAGUUUUACCCGAUAGGUGGGAAUUGAGAAUGCCUGGUUUUGUUCCUGACUCCGUGCUCCCAUCUCACGUACUUCUCUGUGUCUCAUUUCAUUGUAGAAUGAGAAUUGUGAUAUCCUCUUUGAAGCUGACUUAAAGGGCUACCCCAGGCCAGCAGUCAUAGCUCUGUCUGGGUGAUGAACGUUGACCCUAAAUAAGGUCUUUGUUAGUUUGGUUUCUGUUUUUUAAGUUUUGAAAGGGAGUGUGAGCGAAGGAAGGGGCAGAGAAAGAGGGGGACAGAGGAUCUGAAGCUAGCCCCUCGCUGACAGCAGUAAGCCCAGUGCAGGGCUAGAACUCACAAACUAUGGGAUCAUGACCUGAGCUGAAGUUGGACGCUCAACUGAGUCACCCAGGUGCCCGCCUAAACAAGGUUCUUAACUCCAUGGCUGGCACCAGGACUGGGUGCCAGCAUUCUUGUCCACGCACAUCACCUCUUGCAGCGACGCCUUCCCCCGUCCUAGUCCACAUUUAUCCUCCAGCAUCCUGCUUUGAUAGGAUUGGCCCUGUGCUCUCCACCUCCUCAAACAGACCAUGUGUCCCAGGACAGAGGCCGCCCUGGAGCCGUGCAGGAUGUGCUUAGCAGCAGAGACCAUAGGACUCUCAGCUGCAUUCAGUCUUGCUGCUUUUCACCGAAACACACUUCCGAUGCUGACAC